AUGGCUGCAGAUCCCGACGGAGUGAGUGUGGAAAUCGAAGACAACCCAAGCGAAGAGGUAACCGAAGACGACUCAAGCAAAGAGGUAACCGAAGACGACUCAAGCAAAGAGGUAACCGAAGACAACCCAAGCGAAGAGGUAACCGAAGACAACCCAAGCGAAGAGGUAACCGAAGACGGCUCAAGUGCCCUCACGGCUAGAUUCUUUAUAACUGGCUCGAUAUAUAUGAUCAAUGCCAUCGCCUUGAUAAUUCCCCUUGCGCCGACGCAGGAUGAUAAAAAAGAUAUCACAGCCCACCUCACCCCAUUAACCAAUAAAAUAUUCAAGGCUUGGAAAAACCCUGGCAAUGAUCCCAAAAAGGAGAAGGAGGCCGAGAUCGAGGAGGAUCCUGCCGAGUACCUGCAGGUGGUUUUCGAACAGCUCUGCAAGGCAACCUUACCAUUGUUCCAACAUGAUUUGAAGGAGAUCUUCGCGACGACCAUUCUCUCUACACAGGCAUGCCGUUCCGUGAAGCCUUGCCCGCCAUCAAACGAAACCGAAAGUCGUUUCAUGUUGACUCUGCCGUUUCCCCAGGAUGAAGCCGGUAUAACGAGAGACAUGCAACUGGCAAUCUCACAAUACAUGAGCCGUCAAGAGAUCGCUCCAGCAUGUCGCACUUGUAAGGGCCCAUCCAUUGUUCUCGAAACGUUUGCGAGUUUUCCCGAGGUUCUCUUGAUUCAAGUUAACCGCGUGGACAACAACAUGGAGAAAAUAACCACAAGCCUGGCAGUGAACGAGGUGCUGCUCAUCAACCAGAGCUACCACUCCGCGGCCGUGCUGCCUGUCAAGGGUGCUGGUCUUGUUAAAUAUAAACUGAGCUCGGUGAUCAGGCAUGUGGGCAAUAAGGCCACGGGCGGGCAUUACAUAAUUGCCGUCAGGGGCAAGGACUCCAGAUGGAGGGAAGCUAGUGACGAGAAGAUCACGGACAUGGAAAGCAACACAAUAGAUACCAACCUCGUACAAGACAACGGGGUUGUAUUUGCAUACUGCCGAUUGCCCACGGAUGACAAUGAUACGCAGGAGGCAGCCAUUCCUGCCAGCCUUGAUGAGUCUCCGUCCACUUCAGGCACUUCGCAGCUGCCAACGUCAUCACAGUCGGGGCUGAGUCUGAGUGAAGGCGCAUUAGAAGCGAUUACGGAAGCGGUGGCUGGAAAACUCACUAAAACCAUAAAGACUGCUUUGGACGCCUCCUUGACUUCUAUACUUCCUAAGUUGCUUGAUGGCGCUUUGGAACGCGCAGCAAAAGCGAAGGAAGGAAGGGAGGAGAAGGAGACGGAGGAAGCAGCGCUUAGGGUUGAGGAUGGAAAGCCAGCAGUCACAUGGGUUAAGCAACGAGGGCUACUCCGGAUAACGUUGGCUGCAGACAAGGGACAAGGACAGAGCAAGCUGGAUGAGGAGGAGGAGGAGGAGAAGAAGAAGGAGGGGAAGGAGGGGAAGGAGGGGAAGGAGGAGGAGGAGCAGGAGGAGGAGCAGGAGGAGGAGCAGGAGGAGGAGCAGGAGGAGGAGCAGGAGGAGGAGCAGGAGGAGGAGCAGGAGGAGGAGCAGGAGGAGGAGCAGGAGGAGGAGCAGGAGGAGGAGAUGUUGGAAAGGGGAAGAAGAGAAAGAUCGAUGAAGCGGCAGGAACAGUGA